AUGAACUUCGACCUUCCCUCAGAUCUAAAGCAAUAUCUUGAUCGCCUCGACGAGUUCAUCCACGAAAAGAUACUCCCGUUGCAACGCAAAGAUGACAAUGAGCGGUUCUUUGACUAUCGAAGAGAGGCGUCGAGGACUCAAUGGACGAAUCAAGGGCUGCCGACGCCGGAAUGGGAAGAUUUACUAGGGCAGGCAAAGCGCCUAGCAGAUGAAGCCGGGUUCUUUCGAUUUGCCUAUCCAAAAGAGUACGGUGGAUCGGGGUCAACGUCUCAGAACCUAUAUAUGUGCGCCAUCAGAUAUCACUUGGCAGCGAAUCAUGGAGGCGGCUUGGGCUUAGCAAAUGACCUCCAAAAUGAACAUAGUGUCGUUGCUAAUGACCCUGUAAUACUGAUGUUGCAUUACUACGGAACACCGGAACAGCAGAAGCAAUUUAUUCCAGCAACGAUCAAAGGAGAAUUCCGCGCCACAUUCGGCCUGACGGAAAUAUAUCAUGGCUCGGACGCGACGUUUCUUGAUACCACUGCGACUCCAGUUGCUCUGGAGGGCGGUCAAGCUGGGUUCGAGAUCAACGGAAACAAAAAAUGGCAAACAGGGGCUCAUCACGCAACUCAUUUUCUCAUCUUCGCCAGAACCUCGGGCCGAAAAGGUGCUGCGCGAGGCAUUACGGCGUUUUUAGUACCCAAGGGAACUCCGGGUGUACAAAUCGAGUCUUAUCAGUGGGCAAUGAAUAUGCCAACGGACCAUGCUACAAUACUCCUGGACAAAGUCCGUGUACCAGCUACUGCUAUCCUCGGCCCCCUAGAUGACGGCCUUUCAAUAGCCCAGACAUUUACACACGAAAAUCGCAUCCGACAAGCCAGCUCCAGCUGCGGUGCGACGCAAUACUGCAUUCAACGCAGUAUCCAGUAUGCCAAGGAUCGAAAUGUGUUUGGCAAGUCACUGUCGUCUCAUCAAGCCAUCCAAUGGCCGUUGGUGGAGCUUGCAACCCAGGCCGAGAUGCUCAGGCUACUAAUACUUCAAACUGCUGUUGAGAUGGAUCAGAUCGUGGCCGAAUGCAAAGAAUCAAAUGCGAAACCAUGGAUUCGUAUCGAAAAGGAACUGGGACACAAAAUCGGAAUGUGCAACUACUACGCCAACCGUCUCUGUACUCAGGCAGCAGACCGUGCGAUGCAAAUACACGGCGGGAAUGGGUAUUCGCGAGAUUACCCUUUCGAGCAUAUCUGGCGGCACUUCAGGCGCUACCGUGUGACAGAAGGAAGUGAAGAAAUCCAGAUGAGGAAGAUCGCCGCCUAUUUGUUCGGGUACAAGUCGACUGGCAAAGAGCAACAACCUAAAUUGUAA